AAAGUUCGGGAUCAGGCUCCACUGAUUCUGCAUUCAGAGCUCUCGCCGUUUUCACAGCAGGAGGCAGAGAACCCGCAUUCUGCGUCUGACUCCUCUGUCUAUACCGCUCAGUUGGUUUCGGUGCCUCCGCGUUGAUUGAGUCGAGCUCCUCAGCCAUGGCGUCCAGCACGCUAAGCAGCAUGCGGUUGGUGCGAAUCGUCGAAAGCCAUGGCCUGUCGCGAUCAGCAGCAGCCAUGACCAUCAGAAGCAAUGGCGCGACCAGCCUGGUCCCUCUUCGUCUCAACACGGCGUCCAGCGUCUCUGCCACGUCAUCUGCGUCAUGGAAAACGAGGCGAUUCCAAGCUCGCUGCGAAUCUGUCGCAGCGUCCGCCUCAGCAGGAUCAGAGUCGCAGGAAGCGCAGCAGGGGGGUGGAACGGAGCAGGCCCCCCUGGUCGUGGCGACGCGCGAGAAAGGCAAAAACGGCAAGCUGAUGAAGGCGCUGAGCGCCCAGGGAGUCUCUGUGAUGGAGCUGCCGCUCAUCCAGCACUCAGACGGGCCUGACACCCACCGACUGCCGGCCGUGCUACGAGAGGAGCAAUUUGAGUGGAUUGUGGUAACCUCGCCAGAAGCCGCUUCAGUAUUCCUCACUGGCUGGAGAGCUGCAGGGUCGCCUGCCUUGAGGCUGGCGGUGGUGGGGGGCGGCACCGCAGAGGUGUUUCACCAGCUGCCAGCAGACGAGCAGCAGCUGCUGCCAGUGCAGUUCGUGCCCUCCAAAGCCACGGCCAAGUACCUGUCAGCGGAGAUUCCUGAGAUCGAUGGUGGUAACCGGCGGGUGCUCUACCCCGCAUCAGCCAAAGCCAGCCACGACCUUGAGAAUGGGCUGGCGAGCAGAGGCUUCCUGGUGACACGGCUCAACACAUACUCCACGGAGUCGGUGACCAGUGUGGACGAGGACACCAUACGGAGGGCAGCCAAGGCUCCUGUUGUCGCCGUUGCUUCUCCUACAGCUGUCAGGGCGUGGAUGGAGGUGGUGGCAUCACGCACGCAGUGGGACGGGGCUGCAGCGUGCAUUGGGGGAACUUCAGCAGAGGCCGCAAGAAGAGCCGGAAUCCAGAGGGUGUUUGCACCAGAUAGCCCUGGAAUUGAAAGCUGGGUGGCCAGUGUGAUGGAAGCCUUAGAAGCUGCCCCUGCUGAAGCCUAGGCAUAGCGCACCAGGUCUUGGAAGCUAUUCGUACGGGAGACACUUAGCAGAUUAUUGCAGGCCAGCUAGAAUAACUGUGGAAGAUUUGCAGGAGAUAUGGUA